AUGGUCAAUGCCAAACGGACUCACACAGCACUCUCCCCUGAUGAAUCGCUGACAAAUCAGAGAGUAGCAGUGAAAAGACUCAAGAGCGAAAUGGCUUCCACCAUCCCACGUUACCUGCCUUUCGAGUCUCCUCCUUCACUCAGUCAGCUGAGUGUUCCAGGUGUACCAGCUCCAUGCCCUACUUUCCCUGAAUUAUCAUAUCUAGUUGUGAUUGUCUCUGUGAGUGAGGAUGAUAUUUUGUGGCGCAGCCAGCCUCAACCCGACGACCCUUUUGCACCGGUGAUGGUCAAUCCCUGGGAAUCCAAAUAUGCUAUCAGGCCUGUCCAUUACCUCAUUUGA